AUGAGCGAGACACACCAGCUGAUAUUGAAUCAAAAUAACGAAAUGACUGAAAUACAAAGUGGAUCUAUUGAGAAGCUAGUUGCCCAGAACGUUACCGAACAACAAGGUGCGGAAGAGAACCAGCAAGAAGAAAUUGAAGAACAAGGUGUGGAUGAAAACUUAAAUGACGGAGGUGUCCUGGAUGCACUUGAUUUGCAUUAUGCCCAUGAACCAACAUUGGAAACAGAAAACCCAUCCAUUGAAGAACAGGUCCAGCAAAAGGUACCAGAAACUGAGAUUGUUACCAAUGCAAAGGCUGAGACUGCUGCUGUUGAUGCUGGAGCAUUUGAUAGUGUGGCGCAAGACUCUGUUCAAAGUCAUGCGCCAAAACCGGAGCCAGGCAUAGACGAGGUAAGUGGAGGGCAAGAGGAUGGCAAUGUCGUACCAUUGAAUGAUUUUAUUGAAAUUCCCCACAACGAUUAUGAUGGCGAUGGAAUUGUAGUUGAAGAAGAUCCAACUGUGAAAGAAGAAGAGGAAAGCAGAGAGAGUCCUCAAGUGCUAGACCCAUCAACUCAAACUCGCAUGCGAAAUGUCACAGAUGAAAGUCCGAUAGUGAAGAAACAGGAUAACCACGAUGACCACAACAACAUGCAAGUAGAUGGUGCAAUUCCUAACAAAGAUAUCAAUAAAGAGGCUGAACUUGAGUACGAAGAUGAAGAAGAGCGUGUUGAAGAUCCAGUCGAAGACAUAAUUGAUGAACAAGCCGAAGAUGAACAAACAAAUCACCAAGUGGAAGAUCAAAUCUUUGAGGUGCAGGAUAACAAUAAUGAUUUUUUCCAAACUGAUCAAUCAGAAGUCAAGGAUUUUGAGAAUCAAACUGAACAAGAGCACAAAGAGAAUCAUGAUGACAUUGCAACGGAACAAGUCGAAACCUCACUGGAUCCAGAGCCCACUAAACCAGAAACAAAGGGGUCUAUAACCAAUAGUGAUACCAAUAUAAUAUAUUCAAGCGCCACUCAUUGUACAGAAUCAUACGAACCUGAUUUAAAUAUCGCCAACGAAAAUAUCGGAGAAAUUGCUGCGUCAAAAGAAGUGGGCAACAACGCUUUGGCAACAGCAUCUAUUUUGAAAGACAACAACGACUCUUCACCUGAUCAAACGCAUGCUUUAGACUCAAAUAUAAAGAAUGAUAUCCCGACCCGCGACAACAUCAGUAAUAAAAAUGGAACUAGAAAUGAAAAUGAAAGUGAAAAUGAAAAUGAAAGUGGAAAUGAAAAUACAAAAGAAUCUAGCAUUGAACCCAAUGGAGCUCUGGAUGAGACAGAAAUCACAGAUAAUAAUGAGUCAGAAACAGUUGCAGAACACUUGCGAAAUGAUGAGGAUGAAACACUUCAAACAGAUUAUAAAGACAGUCAUGUUCCACUUUAUAUUGCACACGAGAAGAAAAAAAUACUCAUAUUUCCACAUACUCAACAAGACGCUGAACUGAAAACGGCAUCUUUAUUUGCAGAUAAUAGUGUAGCGAACAUGACGAUUGAGGAACUUUUUGGUGCACUUAGAAACUGCGAAGAGUUUGAGUUCAAUGAAGAGGAGGAGUUGGUGCUUACAAUUUCGCAAAUGGGAGGCAUUUCUAUCACCGAAGAUAAUGUUUACUGCAAAGAUGUGACCCUUGAGAGUUUUCUUGAUUUGUACUAUCAGCUAAGUAAGUUCACGGAUCUAGAAGAGAAUAUACCGCGUCAUCUUGAUUUCAGUUUAACAUCUCAACCUCGAUUCAUCACCAAAUUUAAUAGACUAGUUGAUAAUGCUCAGGAUCAAAAUGGAUUUGACAAAAUACAUUUAAUGUUUACUUCAUCCUCUGAAGAGCCAUCAUUGAAGAAACGGAAGUUGACGUUGGAAUAG